AGCACAACCUCGACAUCUCUUAUUGUCAUUAUCACGCUAGGCUUAUAUUUUGCAGGUGUUUUGCCAAAUUUUCUCAUUGUUUUGAAUUGAAAUUCAAAACCGAUGUAACUUGAAUUAGCCGUUGUUGUAAUUAAGAUAUAACUACUAAGAAAAUGACAACAGAAGUAGGUCUUAAAAAUGUGGACAACGCCUGUGAAACAGCAGAAGAAUUCACCAAGGUGUAUUACAAACAACUCGACAAUCACAGACAUUUAAUUUCAAAACUGUACCUGGAUACUGGAUUGCUUGUAUGGAAUGGAAAUGGAAUUACAGGGAAUGAAAAAAUACAGAAGUUUAUUAUGGACCUACCAGGAAGUACCCAUGUUCUUAAGACUCUGGACGCCCAGCCUAUAGCAGAAAGCUUAGUCGCAAAUAAACUAACUUACCUCAUACAAGCUUGCGGCGAUGUUACAUAUCAAAAUGACAACACAAGGAAGCACUUUCAACAGACAUUUCUCAUCGUAGCUGUGGAUGGAAAAUGGAAAAUAGUUUCGGAGUGUUUCAGACUUCAAGUUCCACAUAAUAGUUGAUGUCACUAAUGUGUGAUUUGCUAUUGAAAUUUCAAUGUUUUAUGUUUAAAGUAAUGAAGAAAACAAUAAACUAUUUAU